CAAUAUGUUUACAGCUUGCAUCGCGUAAAAUAGUAAUAAUUUGUUUGCGGCGCGUUUUUUCGUGAGAAACGAGAGCGGCCGUGGAAAGAGCGCGAUAGCAGUGAUAUCGGUAAAUGGGCGUGUGAGCUGGACGAGCUAUAACGCAGCUGUCCCCGAUUCUUUCCGUGUAAUCCAUCGGAAUGGACGCGAGCAGCGAACAGCCGGCCGCGAUCGCGGCCGAGCCCGUCGUCUCUAGCAACGAACAGGAGCACAAUGACGAAGCCAUGGAGGAGACGGAGGAAUACAGUUACGAGGGGGACGAUUACAGGCAUUUUAUGCCGCGUGGCCGUGGCGGUUUUCGGGGUCGUGGCAGAGGUGGGUUUGAUUUCCCUAUGAGGGGCGGUGGGCCUCCAAGGUUUCGAGGAAGAGGAUUUGGACCACGUGGACCUAUGUUUCGUGGCGCAAAUAAUGGAUUUCCAUUUGAGGGCCCACCCAGGCCAAAUUGUCCCCCUGCUGGGCCAAGGUUUCGAGGACCGCCGCCAUUUGACCCUAGUUGGGGACCUAUGGGCCCGCCAAAUCUCAUGGGACCUCCUAACAUGAUGGGACCUCCAGGAAUGCCACCGCCACAUAUGAUGAAUGGGCCUAUUGGUACAGGACCGGGUCCAUAUGGGCCACCUCCUGGAAUGGGACCACCUAACAUGAAUAGCAUUCCAGGACAGCAACAGCCACCUCAACAACAAUCACAGCAGCAAGCAAACAUUCCAGGUCUAGAUCUCAAUGGGGAAGUAUGGGUAGAGACAAAAGCUGCUGAUGGCAAGUCAUAUUACUACAAUAUUCGUACAAGAGAUACUACAUGGACUAAACCAGAGGGACCAAAUGUAAAGGUCAUGGUGCAGGAUCAGUUAGAGCAGUUAGUACAUGGUGCAUCGAAACAAGCGACAACACGAUCCACUACACCUACUUCGUCAAGUAGUACACCGACUCAAAUUAGUGAAAAUAGAAUUUCUCAAAGCGAACAAUCUUCUAGUAAUGCAGAUGCUAUCAAUCAGUUAAGUACAGCACCUCCUGGUACUGGGCCACCUCCAACAUUGAAUGAUACAUCAGAUGUCAAUAAUCAAACAUCUGAUACAAAUCAAUCUAAUGGUACAGCACCUACAACAGUUACUAACACGCCACCAAUAAAUACGCCGACUGUAACUACAAACAUGAUGCAACCGCCGCCAAAUAUGAUACCUAUGCAACAUAGAAUGCCAAAUCAGUUUGGUGGUCCGAUUGCUACGCAGUUUGGAGCGGCGCCGUUCGGAAUGCCACCGCCAGGUUUCCAACCCUUUGGUGGUUAUGGGCCACCACAAGCGAAUUGGGGUAUGCCACAAAUGCCUCAUGGUGUAAUGGCGCCUCAAGUAGCUGCUGAAGAUCCUGCUAUACUUGCGCAACUCGAUGCUGAAUUAGUGGCAACUGCUAUGGUUUGGACUGAGCAUCGUGCACCAGAUGGUAGAUUGUACUAUUACAAUAGUAAAGCAGGAGAGUCAGUAUGGGAAAAACCACAACCAUUGAAAGAUUUGGAAAAUGCAAAAUUGGCAUUACGGCAGAAGAAUGAGGAAGCAAAUGCUAUUCCUACGAGUACUGUCGUUGCAACCACUACCGUUACCAAUAACAACGCCACGGCUGAACCUAACAAACAAGAGAAGCCACAAGAAAACACUCAUGAAACCAAAGAUAACACAAAAGACGCGGAUAACGCUAAGCCUAAGAAGGAAGAAAGCACCGCAAAGGAACCUGCAAAACCUCAAGACAAGUCUAGACCUAUUUCUAGUACACCAGUGCCUGGAACUCCAUGGUGCGUCGUUUGGACGGGAGAUGCACGGGUAUUUUUCUACAAUCCUUCUUCACGGAUAUCUGUCUGGGAAAGACCGGAUGAUCUUAUUGGUCGUCAAGAUGUCGACAAGAUGAUAUCAACUCCACCAGAUGCAAUCGGUGCUGCGAAACCAACACGCCAAUCAGAUACUAGUGAGAGCAGUGACGACGAACAACCUACACCAGCAAAAAAAAUAAAGCACGACGAUAGCAAAAGCACACCUAUAAAAGAAGAGGAAGAAAAGGAAGAGAAGAAAACCAUUGACAUCGGUAAGGAAGCUGCGAUAGAGGCCGAGGUGAGAGCAGCAAGGGAGAGAGCGAUAGUUCCGUUGGAAACCAGAAUUAAAUCGUUCAGAGAUAUGCUUGCAGAGAAAGAUGUAUCUGCGUUCAGUACUUGGGAAAAAGAACUUCAUAAAAUAGUGUUCGAUCCACGUUACUUACUUCUAACAUCAAAGGAAAGGAAACAAGUUUUUGAAAAAUAUGUGAAGGAGAGAGCGGAAGAAGAAAGGCGAGAGAAGAGGAAUAAGAUGAAAGAACGGAAAGAUCAAUUUCAGAAGCUUCUAGAAGAGGCUGGACUUCACGGAAAAUCGUCGUUUAGUGAUUUUGCUCAAAAACACGGAAGAGAUGAACGAUUUAAGAAUGUAGAAAAGAUGCGUGAACGAGAAAGCCUUUUCAACGAAUAUCUCCUGGAAGUACGAAAGAAGGAGAAAGAGGAAAAAACAGCCAAACGAGAACAGGUGAAAAAGGAAUUCUUUGCAAUGCUACGUGAACACAAAGACAUCGACAGGCAUUCGCAUUGGAGCGAUUGUAAGAAAAAAUUGGAAUCGGAUUGGAGAUACAGAGUCGUAGAGUCGGCGACUACGCGGGAAGAUUGGUUUAGAGAUUAUGUUCGCAUACUGAAGGAUGAGCGGAAAAAGGAGAAGGAGAAAGACAAAGACCAUCGACACAGAGAAAAAGAUCACAAGAUGGAGAAGAAGGAUAGAGAUCGUAAAGAUUCAGACAGAGUUAAAGAGGCGAAAUCUAAUAAGGACAGAACAGAUAAAGAUAAUACGAAGGAAAAGAAGCAACGGAAGAGUGAAGUUCCUGCGGAGGAAAAUGGAAAGGAGAAGAAGGAGAUGGUGAUAGAGAAAGAAAGCGGGGAAAUCGAAGAAAGUGAUGACAAAAGUGUAAAAAAAGAAAAUGAUAAGGAAGAUGGAGAUGAUCAUUCCGAUUCAGAGGAAGAUCGGGAGAAACAAAAAAGAGAACGUGAAAGACGAGCAGAAGCUAGUCUUCGAGAGAGAGAAAGAGAAGUACAAAGAACUCUUGCUACGCAUCUUCGCGAUAGGGAUAAAGAAAGACAGCAUCAUCGUCACACAGAGGCGGUUCAACACUUUAGUGCUCUUCUCGCUGAUUUGGUGAGAAACGGUGAUCUGGCAUGGAGAGAAGCAAAACGACAACUUAGAAAGGAUCAUAGGUGGGAGCUUGCUGAAAGUUUAGAUCGCGAGGAAAAAGAACGACUGUUUAAUGAACACAUCGAGCAAUUAGGUCGCAAAAAACGCGACAAAUUUCGGGAGUUGCUUGAUGAAGUAGGCGCAUCGACUGAAUUAACAGCAUCCUGGAAGGAUAUUAAAAAAUUGUUGAAGGAUGAUCCUAGAUACUUGAAAUUUUCUUCCAGUGAUCGGAAAUGCGAGAAGGAGUUUAAAGAAUAUAUUAAGGACAAACUUGUUGCUGCCAAAGCCGAUUUUAGAGAGCUUUUACAGGAAACAAAACUAAUUACUGAUAAAACGUACAAAAAAGUUCAAGAAAAUAGUUCGCACCUACCAGAAAUCGAGGAAAUUCUCAGAAAGGAUCGAAGAUUUCUUGUACUUGAAGCUGCCUCCAAUGAACGGAGUCGUUUAUUAAUGGGUUAUCUAGAAGAGUUAGCACGCAGAGGUCCUCCACCACCUCCUACUGCUUCAGAACCAUCAAGAAGACCAACUACAAAUUGAAGAAUGGUCUACAUCGAAGUAUGAUGUUACAGUAACACAAGCAUGAAUGAAUUUAUAGGUAUAGUUAAAUUGAACUACUUUACACAAGAUUUUAUUGCCUGUAUAGGAUUCAAUAAAAUUAAUGAAUGCCAAUUCUAUAUAAUUAAAACUGUAUUACAUUGUGAGAUACUAAUGUAAGCACAUAUAUAUUAUUGUUGAACAAUAUUAAAUAAGACUUCACUGAAAAUGAAUGUCGGUGAUACUAUGUAACAUAAUUAUCUUGCAUAACAAUGCAGUGAAUGGA